ACUGCGUUACUCAGUCGCCGCAAUGUUUCUGUUUAGAAGACACAAAUGAAUGUAGCUGACAUGGCCUUUAUAGCAGUGUGGGUGUGAAGAACCCAUUUAUUGUAGGAGGAUUAAAUACUGCACAGAUUAAGCGGAGUACGCUACAGACACAGGAUCAGCUUGCUCUGGGUGUCUGAAGAAGCUGGGCCAAAAUGCAAAGCAUUAAGUGUGUGGUGGUUGGAGAUGGAGCUGUAGGGAAGACCUGCCUUCUAAUCUCCUACACCACCAAUGCCUUUCCUAAAGAGUACAUCCCUACUGUGUUUGACAAUUACAGCGCAGAGAUCACAGUGCAAUCCAAACCCAUCAGUCUUAAUCUCUGGGAUACGGCUGGUCAGGAAGCUUACGACCGCCUGCGCACCAUAUCUUACCCCCAGACCAAUGUCUUCAUCGUCUGCUUCUCUAUCUCCAGUAUGACAUCUUUUGAGAACAUCAAGCUGAAGUGGUAUCCCGAGGUAUCGAAACACUGCCCAAAUGUACCCAUUCUUCUAGUAGGAACCAAAAAAGACCACAGAGAGGAUCCGGAAAUCUUGCAAAAAUUAAAGGAACAGAAACUGACCCCUGUCACCGAGCAGCAGGGAAAAGCUCUAGCGCGAGAAAUCAGAGCUGUCAAAUACCUCGAGUGCUCGGCUCUCAAUCAAGAAGGGGUGAAAGAAGUAUUCGAAGAGGCUGUACAUGCUUACCUGAACCCGAAACCUGAGCGUAAAGUAUUUUGUACAAUUUUAUAAAGACUAUUUUUUCAAACAUCAUUGUAAAAAAAACACCUUUGGACUCUCUGAAACAUGGACUUCAAGAUAUCCUUUGAUUUAUUUCCUAUUUACUAAAAUACCAUGAAAAGGAAGUUGUUAGUACAGUUUAUAUACAGACUAAAAUAGCUUAGACGAAUAUCCCCUCUGCUGCUUCUCUAUUUCUACCCAUCCUGAGGCAUAGAGAUUGUACUGUACCAGCUCCAGUAGUGUUCCGCAUCAUGAAGAUUUCAGACCCUCGGUGAGAAGAGGCCAACCCUGUGAGGAUCUUGGGGUAUAUACAGAUGUACCACUUCAUGAAGUAUUCGGACAUUCUAAGAACAGAUGCUAACUCCAUGUGAUCUUUGAGGACAACAACCUCCUCGUAAAUACACAAUUGUCAGACCGUAUAUGACUGUAGAAAGGACACAAUCACACCCUCCAGUGUCACCCAAAUGAGGAUGAGGUUCACUUUUGAGGUUCCUUUCAAGGUUCCUCUUCAAUCUAAGCAAGUUUCUCCUCACCACAGUCACCUCAGUCACCUCAGACUUGCUCAUUGGGGAUAAAUACAAACACAUUUAAAUAUAUCUAAUAUGAAUAAUUGUAAUAAUUUGUGUAUAAAAUUAAACCUUUUUGUACUAUA